GAACACGGUUUACAUGUACAUGAAUACGGAGAUAUGAGAGGUCAUUGUAGCUCUGCUGGUCGGAUCUUUAACCCCUACCAAAUGGCACAUGGAGGUAGACAAAGUGCUGUGCGGCGCUUGGGUGACUUUGGUAAUGUACGUGAAGAUGCAGAAGGCAACAUAUUUCAAACGUUUGAGAUACCUAACACAUCAAUUAUUGGACCACUGACCAUAGUUGGAAAAGCUCUGGUGAUCAAAUCUGGCCCCGAUAGCCUUGGUGCUGGAGGAAUGCCCCUCGGAGCACCUGGUGGUGGAUCGGGCUAUCCAGCUGGGUGUUGUGUCAUAGGA